AUGGCGGCGAAAAGCCUAGCGUUGAACUUCAUUAUAGGGGUUAUGCUACUCUGCGUGGCUUUAUCUGAGACCUCACGAGACUCUUCCAUGCGCCAAGUCACAGACGAUUCAAUCGUCAACGAUUCUCUCCUCGGGACCGCCACGGAGAAGCGGUUCCUGUCUUUCAUGGCGACUUACGGGAAAAGCUACCCUACGAGAGACGAGUACGUCCACCGUCUGCGGAUCUUUGCCGGGAAUGUUAUUAAGGCCGCCGAGCACCAGGCGCUUGACCCCUCCGCCGUGCACGGAGUCACCCAGUUUUCUGAUUUAACCGCCGAGGAGUUCGAGAGGAUGUACACCGGUGUUGUGGGAGGUGGGUCCCAGAUGAAGUCGGGUUUGAUGGCGGCGCCGUUGUUGGGUGUUGAUGGGUUGCCGGAGAAUUUUGAUUGGAGAGAGAAGGGUGCCGUUACUGAGGUCAAAAAACAGGGUACAUGUGGAUCAUGCUGGGCUUUUAGCACCACCGGAGCUAUUGAAGGUGCUCACUUUAUAGCCGCCGGAAAACUUCUCAGCCUCAGCGAACAACAGCUUGUAGAUUGUGAUAAUAAGUGUGAUCCGAAGGACAAGAGAGAAUGCGAUAGAGGAUGCGGAGGGGGCCUUAUGACAAAUGCAUAUAAGUACUUGAUUGAGGCAGGAGGUUUGGAGGAGGAGAGCUCUUACCCUUAUACCGGAAAGCGUGGCAAAUGCAAAUUCAAUCCGGAGAAAGUGGCUGUUCGAGUUGCAAAUUUUACCAAUAUCCCAACAGAGGAGGACCAAAUUGCAGCCAAUUUAGUCCGUUAUGGUCCUCUAGCAGUUGGAUUGAAUGCUGUAUUUAUGCAAACAUACAUUGGAGGAGUAUCAUGUCCGUUGAUUUGUAGCAAGAGACGUAUCAACCACGGAGUCCUGCUCGUAGGGUACGGGGCAAAAGGGUUUUCAAUAUUGAGGCUGGGCAAUAAGCCUUAUUGGAUCAUCAAGAAUUCAUGGGGAAAGCAAUGGGGAGAGCAUGGAUAUUACAAGCUUUGCAGGGGAUAUUCCAUGUGUGGAAUGAACAAGAUGGUGUCUGCAGUUGUUACUCAAGUGUUCUAA